UAGAAGAAUUUAAUUAAGCUACAAAUUACAUUAUAACUAUGAAAGGGGCUCAUCUCCUCCUAGCAUAUUCUCUCUUGGUUCUGUCUUCCUCAUUUGCCUAUGCAUCUGAUCCUAGUCCUCUCCAGGAUUUCUGCGUAGCCGUCAAUGAUGCCAAGGAUGGUGUGUUUGUUAAUGGGAAGUUCUGCAAAGACCCAAAGCUUGCCAAAGCAGAAGACUUCUUCUUUUCAGGUCUUAACAUUCCCAGAAAUACAUCAAAUCCUGUGGGAUCAACGGUGACUCCUGUCAAUGUUGCCCAAAUACCAGGACUUAACACUCUUGGCAUCUCGUUGGUUCGAAUCGACUAUGCACCUAACGGUGGCCUAAACCCCCCUCACACUCACCCCCGUGCCACGGAGAUACUAUUUGUUCUGGAAGGCACACUUUAUGUUGGCUUUGUUACAUCCAACCCAGAUAAUCGUCUCAUCACCAAAAUCCUUUACCCUGGAGAUGUCUUCGUUUUCCCAAUUGGCCUCAUUCACUUCCAGUUCAAUGUGGGGAAAACCAAUGCUGUAGCUUUUGCUGCUUUGAGCAGCCAGAAUCCAGGUGUGAUUACAAUAGCAAAUGCAGUGUUUGGAGCAAAUCCACCCAUUAAUCCUGAUGUUCUUGUCAAGGCUUUCCAAUUGGACAAGAAUGUGGUGAAAAAUCUUCAGUCAAAAUUCUGGUGGGCUAACAAUUAGAGCAUAUUAUUUCAUCAUACUCGAAUUGAAGUACUUGUAAUAUUUGUUGGGAUGAUGUUUUGGUCUGUUUCCCUUAUUAAACUAAUGAUUCAUGUUGAAAAAAUAAAAUAAAAUAAAAGGGGAGGUUUUGCUUAUGUAAGUCUCUCUGUAUUGAUUUGGUUUUGUUACAAUAAAAUUGCAAUUUGUUUACAAAAUUGGAAUAUAAUGUCAAGACAUGUCUGGGUCUUGGUCAUCAAGGAGCCAUGCAUGCAACAAUGAAUACUAUUAAUUAUAUAUAUACAUAUA